UGCGGCUCACUUUAGCCUCAGCGGCUAACUGACCAGCAGGCUGACCGUCGGCCAGAGUGCCGCCGAGCAAGCAGCUCAGUGUGCCGGUGAGUGUACCGCGCGGGACGCCGUGUAAAAUCCACGGAGAGAACUUCAGGAUCACAGCGAGCUGCUAACGCUACUCUCAGCCUCCGUGCUCGGCUAGCGGGGCCAAGAGAGCGGCUUCCAUUAUCGGACGCUGCGCUGCUGUGGCUCGCGUUGGGAGCCGCUGCACCUCCUGCUGCUGAAGCCCAGAGAGCCGCACGGACAGAUGGAGCCUCUGUGAAGCAGGAGGAUGACGACAGCAGUGUAAUGUAAGGCCAUGCUUGCUCGCCCGCCAUGACCACUGUCACGCUGCGGUACUUCUGUUAUGGCUGCCUCGUCACCUCGGCCACCUGGUCCUUCCUGCUCUUCCUGUAUUUUUCCAUGGGGGCGGAGCCUGACCGUGGCAGGACUCCCAUGAGGCACCUCGGGCAGCCAAUCACUGGAGGUGUGGCCGAUCGUAGAGGGGGGCGUCGGCCUCUGCUGCCAAGUAAUGGAGUGGAGCUUUCACCAGAGAUGGGUGAGUGCCCGUGUCUGAUUCACCUGUGUGUGCGUCCAGGUGAGGUGCUCGUGUUCCUGGACAGCCACUGCGAGGUGAACCAGGCAUGGCUGCAGCCGCUGCUGGCGCCCAUCCAGAAGGACCGCCGCACCGUCGUCUGCCCCGUCAUCGACAUCAUCUCCGCCGACACGCUCGCCUACUCGCCCUCCCCCAUCGUCAGGGGCGGCUUCAACUGGGGGCUGCACUUCAAGUGGGACCCCGUGCCCCCCUCCGAGCUCAGCGGGCCUGAGGGAGCUUCCGGACCCAUCAGGUCCCCCACCAUGGCAGGCGGGCUGUUCGCUAUGAACAGGAAGUACUUUAACGAGCUCGGCCAAUACGACGCCGGCAUGGACAUCUGGGGGGGAGAGAACCUGGAAAUCUCCUUCAGGAUCUGGAUGUGCGGCGGUCAGCUCUUCAUCAUCCCGUGCUCCAGGGUUGGCCAUAUCUUCAGGAAACGGCGGCCCUAUGGCUCGCCGGGCGGCCAUGACACCAUGGCCCAUAAUUCCCUGCGGCUGGCGCACGUGUGGAUGGACGGGUACAAGGAGCAGUAUCUCUCUUUGCGUCCAGAGCUGCGCAACCGGAGUUACGGCGACAUCGGCGAGCGCAUGGCGUUGAGGAAGCGGCUGCAGUGCCACUCGUUCAACUGGUACCUGGACACGGUCUACCCUGAGAUGCAGACCGCCGCCAACGGCAACAAGCAGCAGCCGCUGUUCAUCAACAAGGGCCUGAAGCGGCCCAAAGUCCUGCAGCGAGGACGGCUACGGAACCUCGCCAUCGGACGCUGUCUGGUAGCCCAGGGCCGGGUCAGUCAGAAGGGCGGCGCCGUCGUUCUGCGACCGUGUGACCCCCGAGACCCCGAGCAGGACUGGGCGUACGACGAGGAGGGUCAGCUGAUCCUGGCAGGUCUGCUGUGUCUGGACGUGUCAGAGGUCAGGACCUUUGACCCCCCGAGGCUGAUGAAGUGUCACGGCUCGGGGGGGUCGCAGCAGUGGAGCCUGGGGAAGUCCAACCGGAUCUACCAGGUCUCCGUCGGUCAGUGUCUCGCAGCUGUCUCCCAGCCAAUAGGACAGAAAGGUUACGUCUCCAUGGCGAUAUGCGAUGGCUCGCAGACGCAGCAGUGGCAGCUGGAGGCCUGAGGAGGACGCCGCGGCGCCGUGGACGGAAUGAUCUCCGAUUCUCACCUGCUCAUUUCAUGUUUCGUGUUUUUCAUUUUAAGUUUGAUGUUUCAGUCGCAGAAGAACUUCGCCACGCCGGACGCCAUGCCCAGGCAUGCCUGGAACUUCUUCAAGGUCCUUUUAAGGACCUGGAAAGUCCUGGAGUCUGCGACUGAUUUAAUCUGAUCGGUGAUCUGAUGUUUACUUGGUCUGCCUUCAUCAUGUGACCUCUGAGGCAUCUCCGUCCUCAGAGAAGCUUCCUGUAGGGCUUUUAUCGUGUUCACACAGGAAGUGCUUCUAAAGCAGCGACAGCACUUCCCGUCCUCCUCAGGUCAAAGGUUGCUGUAAGUCCAAAAGUUUUGCUUCAGAGGGCCGUUAGCUGCAGAGAGCUGGAGUAAAACCGAACACUCGCUGAAGGACUCGGAGCGUCGCUCUCGUGUCUCCUCGCCCUGAUGAUGCUGACCCGCCGCUCAUGCACCAGAACCAUAUCUGCAGUUGUUUCUAACGAGGAGCUUCCUCGAUGAAGUUGGUGCGAGCAUGCACGUGAGAUCAGUUCUGAUGCCACCGAUGAUAGGAAGGAAGGCGGAGCUUACUUACCGUCAGGGUAAUCCACAGUGGGCGCCACAGCCACUUUUCCUCGAGCCAGUUGUUCCCCCAGAACAGGAAGUGCCGCUGUGCUGUCACAGAGGCGCCUCGCUCGUUAUCCUUCGUUAACCGUGAAGGUCAGAGUGUUGUAAAUGUGUUUGUAGAAAAAAAAGUUAAAUUUUGACUGUUUUAAAUCUACAGCUACAGGAGAAAUAUCCGUGCAGAUUAAUAUUUACACAAAUAUACUGAAAUGUUACUGUUUGUUUUAGUAAACCUGCCACUGCUCAACAGCGCCCUCUAGAGUCACACGCUCUGCGUUUCAGCGACAUCUAGUGGCCAAACGUGAGACAGCAGCAGAGUGUGAUUGGUUAGUGUGAAUGAUGUAAACAAG